ACAGAUGUUUUGAGAGACAGUUCGACUUGUUUUUGUUGGCAUCGAGCCGCUCUGAACAUAAACCAGCCACCAGUAUGGUACCGUUUCCUCGUGUAAAACUGGGUUUCUCAUCUUGGGUUCUGAGGUUCUGAUCGGAAUCUUUGAUCCAGUUGACUUCCUGAUCACCGGUUCCUCUGUGUUUCUGGUCCUGUUUUAACAUCAGGUCGUGUCCUCUGCAGGAGCAGCAGGGGGCUGUGUCCAUUUCUGACGUUUAACUACGUAGAACCCAAUCAGAACCACAGAAACCACCAAAGUCACAGCGACCACGACCCAGAUUCAGAGCAAAACGCCCUCCGGCACCGUGGAGACAUUCAGUGUUCCGUUCUUAGAAACCUGUUCGGCUACUGGAGUCAUGCUGGAGUCGUGUUUGAGGUCAGGGCUGGAGUGGGACUUAUUUUCAGCUCUGGAGUUUCAGGGUUCAGACCGGUGUUCUCCGUCUGAGAGGAGGGCCAAGAUGGCAGCGUGACGAGGCGGAUUCUUACGAGCUCUCAACACUAUAUGAUAAUAAGUCAUAUCUUCAGUGCCUUUUUGACGUUUAUCCUGCUUCCAAGCUUCUUUGAAGAUUAGUGUGGUUUGUGUUCAAGGCACUAUAAGGAACAAGAACAUGUCAAAAUCUGUUCAGGAGAGGUUACGCACCUCGAGCUAACAACUAGUGGCUAGCGUGCUAGCUAGCAACCAAACUAUCUGAAAACAAAAACGGACAAACAGCAGAUGGCAGAGGACUUUCUUCCACUACCAAUAACACCAUCCAAACCUAGCCUACCCUAACCCUACCUACUACAUCACUAAAGUCAGUCGAUUGCAAGUUUUUAGGAACCAUGACUUGAUCUGGACUGGGGCAACCUACAUAAACCCUAAAUAAAUGCAUGAGAGGAUUUCUGAAGAACGAAGCUCAUUUUCCUCUGAACACAAGUUAUGGAAGUGCUUGUCCAUCGUUUGUGUUAGAGGCGCCGUUCCCUCUCGGCUGCCUGAUUGCAGGGGCGGGCCCCUCCCAAGCCCUGGCCGGGGGCUCACUGCCCUGAAGCUCCACCCCUGACGUGAAGAAGGAAAGUCUGCCUACUUUGUUGACAGUCGAGAUUUCGUGAACGGAGCCGAAAUUCACAUAUAAACUUUAAAUCACACCAAGAAUCUCAAGUCUUCUCAAACCCCAGAUGGGAAGGACCUGAUUGGUGUCCAGAACCUGCUGAAGAAGCACCAGGCUCUGCAGGCUGAGAUCACAGGUCAUGAACCUCGCAUCAAGGCUGUCACCCAGAAAGGAGAGACCAUAAUGGAGGAAGCAACAAGUGGCUCCAACUGACGAUGAGACCGGGAAGGAGCUGGUUCUGGCUCUGUACGACUACCAGGAGAAGAGUCCUGGAGAGGUCACCAUGAAGAAGGGCGACAUCCUCACGCUGCUCAACAGCACCAACAAGCUGAAUGAGGAUGGAGAGACGGGUCGGACCUGGAGCAGGUCGAGGUCUUGCAGAAGAAGUUUGACGACUUCCAGAAGGACCUGAAGGCCAACGAGUCCCGCCUGAGGGACAUCAACAAGGUGGCAUCUGAACUGGAGUCAGAAGGUCUGAUGGCUGAGGAGGCUCCUAUGGUUCAGGCUCAGCAACAAGAACAUCUGGGUUCUGCUCCUGGAAAGACCGUACGGUUGGGCGUUCAGACGACGGCUAACUUUAAUUCCAUCAAGGAGCUGAACAACAGCUGGCGCUCGCUGCAACAGCUUGCUGAAGACCGGAGCAACAUGCUGGGCAGCGCCCAUGAGGUGCAGCGCUUCCACAGAGACGCUGAUGAGACCAAAGAGUGGAUCGAGGAGAAGAACCAGGCCCUGAACACAGACAACUACGGCCACCACCUGGCCAGCGUUCAGGCUCUGCAGUGUGAACAGGAAGGCUUUGAGCGUGACCUGGCAGCUCUGGGUGAUAAGGUCCGCUUCCUGAUUGGUACCAGGACCCGGGUUGUCUCUGGAGACACGUUCUUCAUGGUUCUGGUGACUCCACCCCAGCCGUUCCUGAUCAGCAAUCAGCGGGGUGCUUUCCUAUUUAAGGUGGAUGGAGGACACAAUUUGACGCCAGAAGAUUGCCUCAGUUUUGGAUUCCUGUCGACCUCAUUGGAUACUGAACUCUACUCCAGGAUUUGGAUAUUCAACACACGGACCUUAUCACCAGCCUCCAUAACCCACCUCUCAUCUCACCCAGUGCCCCAUCCACCAGGACACCCCGCUUCUCUCCACCUCUGCUCCCUCUCCUGCGCUUCCUCUCUACCUCUCUCUCCUCCAGCCAACACAUACACCCACCACAGUAAGUCUGCUGAACACCUCUGCCUGCCUACAAUGGAUUUUGAAACCAGAACCUAUGCUCACCUGUGUUCUCCCUCCUCCAGACGCUGAGCUGUUGUUGCAGUUCCAACCACAGACUUAUCUGUGCACCUUAAGUUCCUCCUUAUAAAUAAAUCAUUUUUUCCAUCAGUUUUCGGUCAGUGUUGUAUUCUGCAUGUCUUGGGUUAAGUACCUUCCUCCAAACAUGACACUCUUCUUCAAAGAGCAAAUCUGUUCAGCACAUUCUGACAGACAGACCACCAUUCUUCUGUCAUGAUGCUGUACAGGACAUUUUUAAGAGUUUUUCUUUUUAAAGAUAAAUAGGAUUACAUUUAAAUAGCAAUACUUUCACAUUAUCAUUUUCCCACACUUCUGUAUAACUGUAUUUUGUUGUUUUUCAAUAAAGAAUGACAAAUUA